AAAUCAAUACACUGGCAGAUUUAUGGGAUUCUACGUGUACAUUUCAAACACAACAAACAAGGAAGAUGGUCACUUGUGUUUUCAUGACAGAAACUACACUAGAGGAACAAUACCAGCUGUCGCAAACAUAACCUGUCCCUUUCAUGGACAAUACGUGAUUUACUAUAACGAGAGACCAGUGAGAGACAGUUACACGACAGGACCCUCUACAUAUGCCUUUAUUGAACUUUCUGAGGUCGAGGUUUACGGCUGUUCAAGUCCAAGGCGUUACGGAUCUGAUUGCUCAGAGGUCUGUCCAACAAACUGCAAGGAGUACUGUAACAUAGAAUCGGGAAAUUGUCUACAAUGUUUCCCUGGUUACAGAGGGGACCGCUGUGACCAAGUAUGUGAAAAUGACUAUUAUGGAGAUAAUUGUAACCAAACUUGUGGAUAUUGCAAAGAUGAUAAAACAUGCCAUCCGACAAACGGGACAUGUUCAGAAGGAUGUGCCGCUGGCUUUCAGGGAUUGCUUUGUAACACAGAAUGUGCAGCUGGAUUCCAUGGUGAAAAUUGUCUCCUAACGUGUGGUAAAUGUAAAUCGUCCAGUAAAUGCAGUCCAAUAAACGGGACGUGUGAAUAUGGCUGUAUUGCUGGAUAUGGAGGAUUGCUUUGCAAUGAAGAGUGUGAUAGUGGAUUCCAUGGUGAAAGUUGUAGCUUUAGGUGUGGAUAUUGUAAACGGACGAACGAAUGUCACAACAUAAAUGGGACGUGUUUGAUUGGUUGUGCCGCGGGAUAUGAGGGAGAAUUCUGCAAUAAAACAUGCCGUGAUGGAUACUUUGGAGAAAAUUGUGUUCAGAAAUGCAGCGAUAAAUGUAAAGGAUGUAACAGGACAAACGGAAUAUGUGAGAAUGGUUGUCAUCCUGGCUGGCAAGGAGAUUUCUGUCACCUAGCUUGCAGUGAGGGGUACUUUGGAUCGAAUUGUUUACACAAGUGUAAUGAUACAUGUAAGGGGUGUAAUGGAAGAGAUGGCGUUUGUGAAAAUGGAUGCCUUCCUGGUUGGAAAGGAUUGUACUGUCAUGAAGAAUGCAACGGAGGAUUCUACGGAAAUGAUUGCGGUAUGAUUUGUGGAAACUGUUUGAACUUUGAACAGUGUCAUCCAAAUAAUGGGACUUGUUUAAAUGGUUGUGAUUUAGGCUAUGAAGGAGCAUUUUGUAAUAAAACAUGUAAAGAUGGAACUUUUGGACAUAACUGCCAUGCUACAUGCAACGAUGCAUGUUAUGGAUGUAACAGUACUAAUGGCAAAUGCGAAAUCGGAUGUCAUCCAGGAUGGAAAGGAGAUUACUGCAAUGAAGAGUGCAUUAAUGGAUUUUAUGGCAAGAAUUGUAGCAAGACAUGUGGGUUUUGUAAACGAAAGGAGGAUUGUCAACCUAUAAAUGGAAUGUGCCUAAAUGGAUGCAUCGCCGGAUAUGAAGGACAAACCUGUAAUAAAACAUGCAGUGAGGGAUACUUUGGGGAAGGUUGUGUCCAAAAAUGUAGUGAUGCAUGUAAAGGAUGCAACAGAAUGAAUGGAAUAUGUGAGAAUGGUUGUCAAGCCGGUUGGAAAGGGAAAUUCUGUUCAGAUAAGUGUUUGAAUAACUUCUACGGAGAAGGAUGUAAUGUGAGUUGUGGUCAGUGUUUGAACGGGAAACAAUGUCACCAUAUCAACGGUUCAUGUCAGAGUACAUGUGCACCUGGAUACAGUGGGAAUAAAUGUGAUGAAG